CCCAGGUGUCAGCUACAGCAGCGCCGAGGCAGCGGCGGCGGGGCGACGAGACGCGCGUGUGUUCGAGACCGUCCGCUCGCCAGCUUGUCGUGUUGUUGUGAGGAUUGUUUUCGUGUCGGGAACAAAAUAAAAGAAAGGAUUUGUGUGCCGGGUGAUUUCGCGCGCGGCUGGGGCGAUCCGCCGGUACAGGACAGUGCGGCGGUUAGAAGAAGAAAUAGCAGGAGCGGAGGAGGCGGCCCGGCGCGACACGGCACUGCCGAUAAGAAGCGUCGUUAUCGAGAUGACGGCGCCGGCUUAUCUGGCGAUAGCGAGGUAGAGGCGCAGAGGUAGCGAGAGGCCCAGAGGAAGCGGGGCUGCCGAGGUGCCCGUGUGUGCGGCGGUGAGCGAUAGUGCGCGCCACGGGCAGGCUGGCGGCCGACUGCGGGACGCCGACGCCGACGCCGACGCCUCUGGACGCCGGCGGCGCGCCGCUGCUCUUCCUGCAGCUGCACCAGCGCCACGACGCCGCCUCCGCCUUCCUGAUGAUGGAGGAGUACGGCAAGCCGGAGAGCUGCUCGCCGCCCGUGUACGGUGGCGGGGGCGGGGGCGGUCUGUCGCCGGUGUCGGUGCCGGCGGGCUCGCCGUCGCUGCAGCAGCUGCAGCACCAGCUGUACCACGCGCACGCGCAGGCGCACGCGCAGGCCCAAGCGCAGGCGCACGGCCACUACGGCGGCGGCGGCGACGAGGCGCAGGUGGCGCAGAUGCUGCCCAGCGUGCUGCCGCCGCCCCAGGACUGGCUGUCGCAGCACCAGCACCAACACCAGCACCAGUACCACCUGGUGGCCGACGUCGCCAAGAUGGCGCCCCACCACCACCAGCACCAUCAGCACCACCACCACCAGCAGCAACAGCAGCAGCAGAAGGCGCUCAAGGAGCAGCGCAUCCGCCGGCCCAUGAACGCCUUCAUGGUCUGGGCCAAGGUGGAGCGCAAGAAGCUGGCCGACGAGAACCCCGACCUCCACAACGCGGAUCUCAGCAAGAUGCUCGGUGAGUACUCGCUCUCCUGCCUUCGCUUACCUUCAGUCUAUCCAGCUAGUCAGCAGCGUGUAGCGUAGUCAUUUCGAGAGAAAUUACUACUACAGUACGUGACAAUAUCUGCAUCGCCGAAACCAGGGUCAGAAAAAUCUUU